AUGAGUAGUGCCCGGCACGGAACGUCGUUUCUUUUCGACAAGGAGACGAUGUCAAAUGCCAUAGGUGCAAUGAAGGCAACACCGGCUGUUGCGCUAAUACCUUUGCACGCAGCGUCUAUCGUCUUCUCCCUGCCGGGGCACAUUGCCUUUGAGCUGGGUGAAGGAUACCUUUUCGGCUUCCAGAAGGGCCUUCAGCUGGCGUUCGUGGGGAAAGCUGUGGGAGCCUUGGCGGCCUUCGGCGUCGGCCGGUCUGUGGGCUGCUGUCAAGAUGUACGCGAGUCAGUCCGGAAGCGCAUGGAGUCGUGGCCGGUGGCCACAAAGGCCGCCAAGAGUGUCGAGCAGGGAGGACAUGCAUCCGUCUUCCUGGUAAGGAUAGCGCCACUCCCUUGCCUGGUCAAGAACUACGCCCUGUCUUUGCUCACGGACAUACCGUGGAGCACCUUCGUGCCAGGAACCCUUCUCGGACUCCUUCCAACCACCGCUGCCCACGUUUACGCAGGCACUUUGGCCCCCACGUCUGCGGAGCUCAUGAGUGGGCAAGGAGCCGCGAUGAAGGCGGUUGCAGCGGCAAGCACUAUGGGCGGCAUUGCUUUCCUCGGCUUGUUGGCAGCGUACUGCUUGCAACAACGUAUGAGAGAAAAGCAGGAGGAUGAGGAAGAGGUUGAGAAAGAGCUGCCCCAGGUAGUUUUCAGGCCUGGGCAGCGGGUGAAGGAGGUGGAGACAGUGAAGCUCUUUCGGCCGGACAUGAGCGCCUCCAGCGCAUGA